AUGGCUGAUACAUUGUCAAGAUUGAUAAGUGAAAAAAGUGAAGUAGAAGAUAAAGUGAUUGCAUUAGUGGCAAAAAGUGAAAAUUGUAGUGAUGAAGAUUGUGGUGAGGAGAACUCAUUGUUAGUGGAAGAGUCAGUUAAAUAUGUAUUAAACAUAAUGCUGGAUGAAGUGCCAGUGAAUGCCGAACAAGUGAAAAGUGAGACAGAAAAUGAUAGUGAAUUAAGAACGAUUAAACAAUUUAUUAAAAAUGGGUGGCCAAAAGUAGUAAGUGAUCCAGCAUUAAGUAUUUGGUCAAAUCGAAGACAAGAAUUGGAAGUGAUUGAUGAGUGUAUUAUGUGUAGUGGAAAAAUAGUGAUCCCAAAAGCUUUGAGGAAAAGUGUAUUGAAAGUGUUACAUGAAACACAUCCGGGUAGUGCAAAAAUGAAAGGAGUUGCCCGGGAGUAUAUGUAUUGGCCAAAUAUUAGUAGAGAUAUUGAAGAUUAGGUCGCAAAUUGUAUAAUGUGCCAAGCAGCGGCAAAAAGACCAAUUAAAAGUGAGUUGCGACCAUGGCCAAAUACAAAUAGAAAUUGGGAAAGAGUGCAUAUUGAUUUUGCUGG